AUGGAUAGGGGAAGUGCCCAAGGUGAAGACUUUGCAGUAGCCAUGCAUGACAUUCAUAAGAAGACUAGGGAGACACUUAAGAAGAAUGUAGACAAGUAUAAGAGGAAGGCAGACUUGAAGAGGAAAGAUGUACAAUUCAAGGUGGGUGAUCUAGUAUUGGUACAUUUUAGGAAGGAAAGACUGCCAAAGGGAAAGUAUACAAAGUUGAUGAUGAAGAAUAUAGGGCCAUGUAAAGUGGUUCACAAGUAUGAAAACAAUGCUUAUGAGAUUGAACUUCCACCAGGGGUUUCUAUCUCAACCAUAUUCAAUGUAGUAGAUUUGUAUCCCUAUAAGGAAUCCGAUUUUGUGGGUCAAGGAGAAGGAGCUGAAGAUGGUGAUAUAAAAUGGGUCAAGGACCUUCCUCCUUCUCAGCCUAUGCAACUUGGAGCCAUUUUGGACUCAAGAGAAGUGAAGAGGACAAGGAGAAAAUUCUAUAAGGAGCACCUAGUCAAGUGGUUAAGUCUACCAAAUGGAGAUUCCACCUAA